UCUUAACAGGAAGAUAUGAAACAAAGGAGAAAGAAGAAGCGUACUCAUGUUGUAGAAGAUGAAGAAGGACCACACACAUUUGUUGUAAAUAAAGGCAAGAUUGGUAAAUCUGGUCUAAGUUUAAUGCUUGAUGUCAGAAAAUGUCUGGAGCCUCUUACAGCCAGAAACUUGAAAGCACGAAAAUACAACAAAAUUAAAGAUUACAUUCAUGUUUCCUCACAGUUUGGUGUUUCACAUCUUCUUCUAAUGUCCAAGUCAAUGCUUGGCUACAUGAAUCUACGUGUUUGCAAGGUACCAAGAGGUCCAACUCUUUCAUUUAGAAUAUCUUCUUUCCUGCUGUUGAAAGAUUUAGUUUCUUCACUAAAGCGUGUGAAAACUCACCAGCAAAGUCAUGAAUCUGCUCCUUUGUUAAUCAUGAAUGGGUUUGAUGAGUCCCUUCCUCACCACAAGUUAAUAACUACUACCUUUCAAAACAUGCUUCCAGCUGUCAAUGUCAAAACUGUAAAGUUGAACUCUAUCAAAAGAUGCUUGCUUCUCAAUUAUACCGCUGACACUGACACUAUUGAAUUGCGCCAUUACAAUAUUGCUGCUACUCCUGUUGGUGUCAACAAAGCUGUCAAAAAGUUACUGAAGAAAGUUCCUGACCUAAGCAGAUAUUCAGACAUUUCAGAGUUUCUCACAAAUGGUUAUUUUAGCGAAAGUGAUGGAGAAGACGGGCCAGAAAAUCAGGUUGAACUUCCUCAAAAUCUUUCUGGUAAAGGUAAUAUGAAGUCCAAUAGAAGUGCAGUGCGGCUCACUGAACUAGGUCCAAGACUAACUUUAAAGCUAGUUAAGAUCCAAGAGGGUGUGGGAGAAGGUGAGGUUUUGUACCAUUCUCACGUUAAGAAAACCGCUGAAGAAAAGAAGAAACUUCGUGUAAAAAUAGAGAAACAGAAGGUUCUAAAAGAAAAACGUAAGAAAGAGCAGGCAAAGAAUGUUGAGAGGAAGAAAAAAGAGAGGGAACAAGAAACUUCUAAAAAGCGGAAGCGUGAGCGUGCUGUACGUCCAGAAAAAGAUGAAUACUCUGAUGAUGAUGACGUGCAGUACUACAAAGAUGAGAUUGGUGAAAUGCCAGAUGCUGAACUUUUACUCAGGACUAAAAGGACAAAACGAUCUGAAAACUUCAGUAAAGAUAACCCCAAGAAGAAAGUGAAAUUUGCAGAACCUGAACCUAGCACAUCAAAAACUAAAAUGGAGCAUAGCAAGUCAACUAAUGUCAAAGGAAUCGCUUUUCGCAGGAAGAAGAAGAGUGCUUGAUUUAGUUGGGAUACCGGGAUUAUUAAUUUAUUUACUCUAGUACCAGUUUUUAAUGUUAAGAUUCCUACUGACCAGUUUUAUUAUGAUCUUACUAACUUUCUUUUAAUUUAUAAAUCUCUGCUUUCUGAACAGUUUUUGA